AUGAAAUCCAAUAAAGAAUUUGUUCCAGGGGAACGAGAAGAUGUCAGCCAGGAAGAAUCUCCCUCCGUAAUAUCAGGAAAUCCACAAGGACCACCCCCACAAGGAGGCAACAAGCCCCAAGGUCCCCCACCUCCUCCAGGAAAGCCUCAAGGACCACCCCCACAAGAAGGCGACGAGGCCCGAAGUCGCCGAUCUCCUCCAGGAAAGCCAGAAGGACCACCCCCACAAGGAGGCGACAAACCUCAAGGUCCCCCACCUCCACCAAAGCCACAAGGACCACCCCCACAAGAAGGCGACGAGGCCCGAAGGCGCCGAUCUCCUCCAGGAAAGCCACAAGGACCACCCCCACAAGAAGGCAACAAACCUCAAGGUCCCCCACCUCCACCAAAGCCACAAGGACCACCCCCACAAGAAGGCGACGAGGCCCGAAGGCGCCGAUCUCCUCCAGGAAAGCCACAAGGACCACCCCCACAAGGAGGUGACAAACCUCAAGGUCCCCCACCUCCACCAAAGCCACAAGGACCACCCCCACAAGAAGGCGACGAGGCCCGAAGGCGCCGAUCUCCUCCAGGAAAGCCAGAAGGACCACCCCCACAAGGAGGUGACAAACCUCAAGGUCCCCCACCUCCACCAAAGCCACAAGGACCACCCCCACAAGAAGGCGACGAGGCCCGAAGGCGCCGAUCUCCUCCAGGAAAGCCAGAAGGACCACCCCCACAAGGAGGUGACAAACCUCAAGGUCCCCCACCUCCACCAAAGCCACAAGGACCACCCCCACAAGAAGGCGACGAGGCCCGAAGGCGCCGAUCUCCUCCAGGAAAGCCAGAAGGACCACCCCCACAAGGAGGCGACAAACCUCAAGGUCCCCCACCUCCACCAAAGCCACAAGGACCACCCCCACAAGAAGGCGACGAGGCCCGAAGCGCCGAUCUCCUCCAGGAAAGCCAAAGGACCACCCCCACAAGGAGGCGACAAACCUCAAGGUCCCCACCUCCACCAAAGCCACAAGGACCACCCCCACAAGAAGGCGACGAGGCCCGAAGGCGCCGAUCUCCUCCAGGAAAGCCAAAGGACCACCCCCACAAGAGGAACAAACCAAGUCCCCACCCCACCAAAGCCACAAGGACCACCCCCACAGAAGCGACACCCGCCGAUCUCCUCCAGGAAAGCCACAAGGACCACCCCCACAAGGAGGCACAAACCUCAAGGUCCCCCACCUCCACCAAAGCCACAAGGACCACCCCCACAAGAAGGCGACGAGGCCCGAAGGCGCCGAUCUCCUCCAGGAAAGCCAAAGGACCACCCCCACAAGGAGGCAACAAACCUCAAGGUCCCCCACCUCCACCAAAGCCACAAGGACCACCCCCACAAGAAGGCGACGAGGCCCGAAGGCGCCGAUCUCCUCCAGGAAAGCCACAAGGACCACCCCCACAAGAAGGCAACAAACCUCAAGGUCCCCCACCUCCACCAAAGCCACAAGGACCACCCCACAAGAAGGGACGAGGCCCGAAGGCGCCGAUCUCCUCCAGGAAAGCCACAAGGACCACCCCCACAAGAGGACAAACCUCAAGGUCCCCCACCUCCACCAAAGCCACAAGGACCACCCCCACAAGAAGGUGA